UGUGUUGCUUGACGUGGCUUGCAUAAAAAAUAGACCUGCUACCUGAGGCCGUGAACUGCAUUGGCCACAUUGCCUACAAUAAAAACACAGCAGAGCAUUCCCCUCGUACUGUAAGCACCUGAUCCCCAUCCCGGCGCUGGCUGAAUCUACAUCUGUCCACUGCGGAGGCUCUAUCCACAACCUUGAGGAGUAAAUGGUAUAAAUGCGGAAGCAAGUGUACUUCCGGUGGCUAACAUGCUAACUUUUCCUUUCGUUACCGUAAGAUGCAGCCGGAGUUCAGCAGCAGAGCCUGCAUGUGAGGAUCAACGUGUUUAAGUGGACUCUGUUUAAACUUUCGGGAUGUUUCACCUCAGACUCAUCUCCUGUUAGCCAAGAAUGCUAAAGGAAGUUAGCUUGUUAGCAGGAAGUAGCCGGAGCCGGAGCUCGGCCUCACAGUCGGAGCAGCUUCCAUAGAGACCAAACUGUAUUUUUCACGGAGCCCAAAUGUCCAAAUGUCCAGAUAGAGCUGUCUGAAUAGACUCUGUGCUGUUCCCUUUAUCUGAACAUGUUUAACAUCUGAAUUAUCUCCCGGUGUCCUACGAAGCUAAUGCAGUUAGCUUAGCUUGCUAGCUGGAAACAGUCUGGAGGAAAAGCUGCUGUGAAUCAGUAAAAAUGUCUAAAGUGGAGAACGAGGAGGAACUUUGUGGACAACGCAAACUACUGGACGCUGUUUUCAAGCCUGCAGCAGACGUCCCGGUGCUGCUGGUGAGUGAGGUUCCCACAGAGCAAAAGGAGCGGUGUCCCACUCUGGACCAAGUGGACCCACCAGAGCCCCCCCACAUUAAAGAGGAGUGGAGCCCCAGUCUGGACCAGGAGGACCCACCAGAGCCCCCACAUAUUAAAGAGGAAUGGUGCCCCAGGCUGGACCAGGAGGACCCACCAGAGCCCCCCCACAUUAAAGAGGAGUGGUGCCCCAGUCUGGACCAGGAGGACCCACUAGAGCUCCCACACAUUAAAGAGAAGGUCUGGACGAGUCAGGAAGGAGAGCAGCUUCGAGGGCUGGAGGAAGCUGAUAUCACCAAGUUCACAUUCACUCUUGUCCCUGUGAAGAGUGAAGAAGAUGAGAAACCUCAGUCCUCACAGCUUCAUAAAAGACUCACUGAAGCUAAUGGAGAAGACUGUGAAGGCCCAGAACCAGUCAGGAAGUCAGAUCCAGAUAGACAUUUACAACAAGAUACUGACAAGAUUUCCUCUGAGACAGAUGACAGUUGUGAUUGGGAGAUGUCUGCUUUAAACUCUCUGCAAAACAAUGAAGUACCUGUAAGUGAUGUGGAAUGUAAUACUGGAAAAACAUCAAGUAGCUCUUCUGAAAGUGUUACAAGCCUUGACCAAGAGGGACAUCUGCAGGAAGACAAUGGAAACCAACCAGAGAAACUAUCUAGUUGCUCAGUUUGUAAAAAAACUUUUCAAUGCAGAAAAAAUGUUGCGAGGCACAUGAAAAUCCACACAGGGGAGAAACCUUUCAGUUGCGCUGUCUGUCAUAAAGAAUUUGGCCAAAAGGAACAUCUGAGACAACACAUGACAAUCCACACAGGAGAGAAACCCUUCAGUUGUUCUGUGUGUGGUAAACAAUUUGCGUUUAAGACACAUCUGAGACGACACUCAAUUGUCCACACGGGGGAGAAACCCUUCAGUUGUUCUGUCUGCAGUAAAGGAUUUGCACGAAGCUCAGCUUUGACCUCACACUUAAGAGUUCAUACAGGAGAAAAACCUUUCACAUGCUCAGUUUGUAAAGUAAGUUUUGGUCUCAGAAGCAAUUUGAUCACGCACAUGAGAAUGCAUACUGGGAAGAAACCUUUUAGCUGUUCAGUUUGUGGAAAAGGAUUCGCACAACAUGGAAAUUUGACACGACACUUGACUAUCCACACAGGGGAGAAGCCAUUUAGAUGUUCAGUUUGUGAUAAAGAAUUUGGAGGAAGGGAAAAUCUGAGACAGCACUUGAGUGUUCACACAGGGUCGAAACCAUUUAGUUGUUCAGUUUGCGGUAAAAGAUUUGGAGAUGGGAGAACUCUGAGGCGACACUUGACUGUCCACACAGGGUCGAAACCAUUUAGUUGUUCAGUUUGUGGUAAAAGAUUCACACAACAUGGAAAUCUGAGACGACACUUGAAUGUCCACACAGGAGAGAAAUCAUAUAUUUGCUCAGUUUGUGGUAAAGCAUUUGCACGAAAGGGACAUCUGACAGAGCACUUGACUGUCCACACAGGGGAGAAACCAUUUAGUUGUUCAGUUUGUGGUAAAGAAUUUGGAGGACGGCUAAAUCUGAGACGACACUUGACUGUCCACAUGGAUGAAAAACCGUUCAGUUGUAAAGUUUGCGGUAAAAGAUUUGGAGAGGGCAGAACUCUGAGACGACAUUUGACUGUCCACACAACGGAGAAACAAUUUAAUUGUUCAGUUUGUGGUAAAACAUUUGCACAUCAUGGAAAUCUGAGGCGACACUUGACUGUCCACACAGGGGAGAAACGAUUUAACUGCAGUGUUUGUGAUAAAAGCUUCACUCGGCUUCAUAUUUUCAAAAAUCACAAGUGUGCUGGUGACAGCAGAGGAAGUAAAUGCUCUGCCGAUUCCUUCCAGCAGAAUUGAAGUAUCGAGGGCAAGACUUGGCUCAUCUCUGAUCAGUUCCCUAUGAUACUGACUCCAAAUAAGUCACAUGCAUACCAGCAGAACAAGUCUCUGAAUAACUAAAAUGCUAACGCUAGUGAGCUAGCGCUUUAGUAUAAAGUUUCACAAAAAGCAACAGAAAAAAGUUAUCGCACCUAACCUACUUCUUUCAUUGUUUAAUUGGCUUCAAAGGGGGCUUAACGUUCACACAGUUUCACUUCACUGUCCCUCAGUACUUCAACAUUAGUCCAACAUCGCCCGGAGUACCACCCUAGCAUAUAGCGGUUAUUUUGUGGCCGAAACAUACUCACUCCUGGUUGUUUUUCUCCAUCUGUCUUUUUUAUUUUCAGGAUUGUGAAGUCCAGCAAAUCUCUGUCCAAGUGAGGAGUAAACUAUAUGUAUAACUUAGUAACGCACACACGAGCUAAUGUAGCCCCAGCUUCUCUCCGCUGCACUUUUGAAGACCGCAACAACCCGGGGAUCUCAUCUUUCUCGGUCAAAAUAGCAGAAUGAGGAAUUUAUUGCUUUAGUCAGCUGCAUCUACCUUCAACACUGACUGGACAUCCACAUUAAAGGUGCUGAAGUUUCCCUUUAAAGCAGAGGUUACGAUUUCUCCAACUUUUUUCCGUUCAGUACUCAGAUGCCAUAUGUAUUUUAUAUGUAUCUAUUUCGGCUGAAUUGAAGGUUGUGAUGACGCUUUGUUUCUUUACCACAGGACAAACGCAGCAAUGCUGAUGAUUUUGGCCCGUCACUACCGUUAACAAGCCGAAUUGUCAUGGAAACAAUUAUUGCACUUAACCCUAACCCCACAGCUCCACUCAUUGUGGUGCGUUUCAUCGACAUCCCAUAAUCCAACAGAAGCAAACACAGGUCAUUCAAAUAGCCGGCUUCUUAGGAGGAGUAUGUGCAAUUGAUGGCGCUCAUAUAAAGAUAAACUAUUUUAUCUUUCAUUUCCAAUGUGUAUAUCAUAAUGUAUUCUCUUGAAAAUUCUUUGUCAAAUGUUUGUUGAAUGUAAACUCCUCUUGAACAUUCAAUGUGAAUUUAUCUGAGAAUGAAGGAAAUCUCUUCAGUGAUUGGUCCUUGGCGACAUCGUCAUCCAAAAUCCUGUUUGUGUCACAGCAAAGUGUCGUGAAUCAGCACAAAGACUGACACUUAAGAUUUAGUCCUACACUUCACUCAGAUUAGGACUGAGAUGCUUGAUAACGUAUAAGCUCAGAUUUGAGCCAAGAUUUAUUUUUAGUCUUUAGUCAGUUCUUUGCUGAGUUCUUAUGAGUUCUUCUUUCUACUAGCUCAUUCAAGUCUGUAAAGUUUUGAUUUCAUCAAAUCUUCCAGUGAAAAAAUAAUAUUUUGACUUGUUUUAGUUUUCUUCUAAAAUCAAGUGUUUUGACUUUGAUUUUCUUUUAAUUUAUGAUGUGAAUCCAUGGUAAACUUUUGGAAAAGUUACCAUUAACAUGUGUAAUGCUUUAAUAAGUUUGUUGAUCAUUUGGAAAGCCAAAUAGUUAUGAAUAAGUAAUUUAUAGAUCAUCUGUAACAUGAAUAGUAAAUGAUCCAACUGUAAAUCAUCAUUAUGAAGAAGGUAGAGUAAAAUAUUUGUAAAUGUACUGCAACCUAAAACAAGCAGUUUCUGGCUGUUUCAUGUGUUUUUAAUGAUGAGAAAAUGUAGUGUAGUCCUCAUGUUCAUAACUUCAUCUAAUGGUGUCUCUUUGUGUUCGUCACUCAACCUCAUUUUAAGAUCAACACUGCCAUGGCCGCACAGAUGGGUGCAAGUGGGGCUGGACAAUUCUGGGGGACCUCUCAGUCUUAACAGUCAACAUGAGGGCCAAUGUUUACUUUAUCAGACCAACCCUAUUGCAGCUAAUAAAUGUACAGCUUUUGCUGGAAAAGGGAA